AUGAGUGGAGGAGGGGAGCAGCCUGAUAUCCUCAGUGUGGGAAUCUUGGUCAAAGAAAGAUGGAAAGUGUUGAGGAAAAUAGGAGGCGGAGGAUUUGGAGAAAUUUACGACGCGCUGGAUUUGCUGACUCGGGAGAAUGUUGCUCUGAAGGUCGAGUCAGCUCAGCAGCCAAAGCAAGUGCUGAAAAUGGAAGUAGCUGUGCUGAAGAAAUUGCAAGGAAAAGAUCAUGUCUGUAGGUUCAUUGGAUGUGGAAGGAAUGACAGAUUUAACUAUGUGGUCAUGCAGUUGCAGGGUCGGAACUUGGCAGACCUGCGCCGGAGUCAGUCUCGAGGAACGUUCACCAUCAGCACCACUCUGCGGCUUGGGAAGCAGAUUUUGGAGUCCAUUGAAAGCAUUCAUUCUGUGGGAUUCCUGCACAGGGACAUAAAACCAUCCAACUUCGCAAUGGGCCGUUUUCCUAGCACCUGUAGGAAGUGUUAUAUGCUGGAUUUUGGCUUGGCACGGCAAUUUACCAACUCUUGUGGGGAUGUCAGACCACCACGAGCUGUCGCUGGUUUUCGAGGAACGGUACGAUACGCAUCCAUCAACGCCCAUAGGAACAGAGAAAUGGGUCGGCACGAUGACCUCUGGUCCCUGUUCUAUAUGUUGGUGGAGUUUGUGGUCGGGCAACUGCCUUGGAGAAAAAUAAAAGAUAAGGAACAAGUGGGCUCCAUUAAAGAGAGAUAUGAACACAGACUUAUGUUGAAACAUCUUCCUCAAGAAUUCAACGUCUUUCUGGACCACAUUUCUAAUUUAGAUUACUUUACAAAGCCUGAUUACCAGCUCCUCAUGUCUGUGUUUGACAACAGCAUGAAAACGUUUGGGGUUAUUGAAAGUGACCCUUUUGACUGGGAAAAGAGUGGAACUGAUGGUUCUCUGACAACAACAACAACUUCAACCACACCUCAGUUACACACCCGUCUUACUCCAGCUGCGAUUGGAAUUGCCAAUGCCACUCCUAUCCCAGGAGACUUGCUGCGAGAAAACACAGAUGAAGUGUUUCCUGAUGAACAGCUCAGUGAUGGAGAGAAUGGUAUUCCAGUUGGAGACUCACCAGAGAAGCUGCCUGGAUCCCCUGGGCAUCAGCGUCCCCAGGAAAAAGAUGUUUGGGAAGAAAUGGAUGCAAACAGAAACAAAAUAAAACUUGGGGUCUGUAAGGCUGGCACGGAGGAGGAGAACAGCCAGGGGCCGGGGAGCGGCGUGCCGAACGCCCCGAGCCUGGGCUCCCCGCUCCGCGUGCGCUCCGAGACCGCCCCGCCGGAGAGGGAGGUGCCGCUGGUGCGCAAGCUGCGCUCCAUCCACAGCUUCGACCUGGAGAGGCGCCUCACCCUGGAGCCGAAGCCGGACACCGACAAGUUUCUGGAGACGUGUUUGGGGAAGAUGCAGAAAGACUUGAAUGCCGUGGCAGGGUCUCCUGUUGCUGCUGCUCCUCCUCUUUCUCAGAAGACACCAAUUCCUGCCCCUGUGGCUGCCCGGAAGGACCACGUGUGGCACUAUGAUGAGGAAUAUCUUCCAGAUGCUUCAAAGCCCGUGUCAGCUAGUUCCCCAGAACAUGCUGAUGGUGUCAUGAGCAAUGGAUUUGUAGCUGUCAACUUAAGCUCCUGCAGGCAGGAGGUUGAUUCUAAGGAAUGGGUGAUAAUAGAUAAGGAACGGGAUUUGCAGGACUUCAGGACAAAUGAGGCUUUAGGGCACAAACUGACUGGGAGUCCCUCAGAUGAGGAGCCAGAGGUACUACAAGUCCUAGAGGAGUCCCCUCCGGAAGAGCAGCCCAGGCAGGCUGGUUGGGCAGGAGACAAUGUCCAUGCCAAGAACCAAACCUCAGGGGCGGAAUUUGUUCUCACCAUGGAGUGUCAUCCUGCUGCUUCUGAACAGCUUACAGAUAAAUUGGAACUUGUGUCUGGAGCUGCUGGACAGCUUCUUGCAGCCACCCCUACAAGUCCUAUGGAAGCUCAAGCAGAAGGAGCACUCACUCCG